CUCUCAUGCGCCCACUGGCACACCGAAAGCUGUCGAGGCAAGUUUUAAUCAAGAUCCCUGGCGCCAUCCUCAACUUGAUCGAUAAAUCUUAUAGCGUCGAGCUGGCUUGUGGCGAUUUCACCGUGAUUCGUCUCUGGCAGGGUGAAAACAUCGUCGCUGUACUCGCGCGCGUCGCUGACGAAAUCCAGUGGCCGUUAAUGAAAGACGGAGCCACCGUGAAACUUGACGAUUCUCAUUAUUUCUUCUCUCUUCAGUUACCUAAGGAAGCCGAAAACGAUUCGAGUGACAGCGAUGACGAUGAUAAAAAGAGAAAGAAUAAGUCCUCCGGCGACGGAUCUGAUUUGCUUAAUUACGGUUUGACAUUCGCUUCGAAAGGACAAGAAUAUUUGUUGAGAGAAUUAGAUGUUAUAUUGCAAAGUUACAGUUAUUUUACGGUGCAGAGAGUGGCGGAGAAAGGGGAGGAGGUGUUGGAUGGGGCGGUGUUUGCGGCGAAGGAAAUGUCGCCGGCGGAUUUAAAGUCAGAGACCAUGAAAGAGGUGAUGGAAGGGAAAUGUGCGGCAUAUUGGACCACGCUGGCGCCUAAUGUGGAGGAUUAUAGCGGGAGAGCGGCUAAGACGGUUGCGGCAGGCUCAGGGCAUUUGAUCAAGGGGAUAUUGUGGUGUGGAGAUGUGACAGUGGAUAGAUUGAAGAGAGGGAAUGAGGUAUUGAAGAAGAGAAUGAGUCCGGCUGAAAAGAAUGCGGAGGUUAGUCCAGAGACAUUGAAGAGAAUCAAGAGGGUUAAGAAGGUGACAAAAAUGACACAGAAAGUGGCGAACGGGGUUCUCUCUGGGGUUGUGAAAGUUUCUGGAGUUGUUAUGAGCUCAGUUGCAAACUCAAAAGCGGAUAGAAUAUGUGAUGCCGUUGAAGUAGCUGGGAAAAAUGUAAUGUCAACAUCAUCCACCGUGACAACUGAACUUGUUAACCAAAGGUAUGGAGAAAAAGCGGCUGAGGCCACAAAUGAAGGGCUUGGUGCUGCAGGGCAUGCUGUGGGGACAGCAUGGGCUGCAUUUAAAAUCCGGCAGGCACUAAACCCCAAAAGUGUUUUAAAACCUAGCAAGCUAGCCAAGGCGGUUGCUAAGGCUGCAGCUGCAGAGGCAAAGGGAAAGAGCUCAAACUGAUUGCUUUCAAAUACCUGUUCUUCAAAUUUGUGAUUUAAAGAUAUCUGUCUAUAACCCUUAUGUUCCCAAAGCUACAUAAAUCAUCAAGAUAUUUGUUGUUUGGUAUGAUAUUUCUACCCUACAUGUAAAAAUACUGUUUUUAACUGACUAUUCCUUUAUUCUUUUCAGUUGUACAUUUUUUAUCAUUAGUGGCAAUAAUUAGAAGGCUUUAAUUUGGUUAUGGUGCUGAUAAUUAUGAAAAUUAGAAUCAGCAGCUUCACCCUUCACGCCCGUGACUUGCUUGAGCGUGUUAGUUUGAAGUUGAACCCUAUUUGUUAGGAUCUGCUGGACAUUAUCUGCACAACUAGAUCAAAAUUGUCUUCAUCAACUUGUUAUAGUUUUUUUUUUUUCUUGAUUAUUUCACAUUAAUUUGAACUGAUCAAGUCAGUGUAAGCUUUUUGUUGCUAAUAUCAGUGGCAAAUGGCGAUAACAUUUCCUCAUGUGGAGGUUCCACUUCUGGUAGUGGAGGAAUUAUAAACUCUUAAAUAAUAGAUUAUACUGGUUCUCUGUCGAUUUCUUUUUCAAUCCCCUGCCUGCAAAUGGGUUAAACAGCAUUAUCUUCGUAGGUUUCACCCAACCUUUUCGCUGGGGUUUGUAUGUACGCGACAAAUAUACGCGCUUCAGUUAGGUAAGGAUUCGCCCAGUUUUUCUUUUUUUUCCAAAAAAAUUAGUUGAGUUGGUAAGAUUUAAAUUUUGAUUUUAAAAAACUUCGAUUGGAAUUUUACUGUCGGGAAUUAUUUUUGAUAAAUUAUUUGUAUAUUCAAUAUACAUUUAAAAAAAAGCUAUAGUCUAUCAUGAUCAAGGAUUGAAGAAGCUUACCUUCAUCCCAAACAUUUUUUCAUUGUUGCAUCACUCAAAAUAGAUACCAUUUACUACAGAAUACUCGUCCUGCUUUGUUCUGAUUCUUAAUCAAAUCCCCUGGAGACCAUAUAUUAGAAUUAGUUGGGCUUAUCACCUGGCUCUCAACUCUCAUCACCAGCUUCUGGACCCCAAUGCAUCAGGGGCCACAUCCACCUACCCAAUUUAAAUGGUGGUCCCCCAAAAUCCUUUCAAAGCUAGCCAUGUGCAAACCACGUUCGGCCAUUUGGGAUACACCACGUCUGCUCUAUGACAUCUAGCAACUAGCACGUAGCAUGACUAUAAUAUAUAUAGCUUUUUUUGUGAUGGGGCCGUCAACGAGGAAGGUAUUGGAAUGUGAAUUUGUUAAUGAUUUGUAUGUUGGAUUGGUGUCCGCUUUAAAUCUAUGCCACUGGCUCUCAAUG